AUGGCAUUUUCUCCUCCGCACCGCUUCCAAAAGCUUUGCACACUUCGCACACACGAGCCUUCUUACUCGCAAGAAGAUGUGCUCUUCAACACUGACCGCUUUCCCAGCUCGAUGCGUGAAGGUGAUCUCGCGCAGGUAAUACCCAUCAAAGCCGGAGUCUCGUCCCGCGAUUUUUUCAAAUCGGAAGGCGUGGACGAGGGCUACGCCUCUCGGGUGCUCAUCGAUGAUGAAGGCGUCGCAUUAGGGCCGAGCACGCUGGUCACUGAGAACUCGCGAGCAUACACGUUUGUCGUGCGCAAUGCGCCUCAGGAGAUCAAAGACAAGGAUCCUAACCUAAGAGUAAGCGUACUGACCAUUUACGCCGAGCGACUUCAUAACCGUGCGACAGAUUUCUAUCUCGUCCGCGAUCGCUGCGGUUUUUGGAUACAAAUCGGGUAUGAGGGUCGUGAUUCAGCUGGUAACGGUGCCGAAACCCGGGUGUUUGUGACGAUCGCUGACGAUGCCAAGGCCGAGAGAGAGCAGUGUGUCGCCUCGCACGUCGAGCUGGCCUUCCGUGACGAGUACCUGUCGCGAGGCGAUAUGUGGAGGCUAGCGACGUCUGAGUUGAGCGGGAGAACGGUGUAUCAAAAUCAGAAGAUUCUGUUCCUGAACACGAUCAAGGCCACCGUGAAGACCGUCUAUAUCAAUGGCCGGAGCAAGAAAUCAGGCUACUUUGCGUCAGACACACGUCCAAUAUUUCGGAGCGAGUCCGCCAGAUACACGCUCUUCAUCCAAAUGUCGCGCGAGAUGUGGGAGUUCGAUACGGAGUGUUCCGGAGAAAUCAUGUUCAAUAAGGUCAUCCAUGGCUUCCUCCCUGAUCUGUUCAAGAAGUGGAUGUCGAUCAAUGCACAUCACCUGGUCAGCAUCAUACUCUUCGCGCGACUCGAAUAUGAGGACGGUCAUCAGCCACCCGCAGGGGGAGUUCAUGAUCGGGUCUUGGGGAGAUCCAACGGCUACCAAGACUUCUACCGUGUUGUUGUCAGUGACAUGGCAAGCAAUGAUUGGAUCAACAUCCUUGACCAGCUCAAGCGAGAGUUUAGGAGUUUUUUGGAGGAGAUUUCGGUGCAGAUGCAGGAGGUCGACGGCACCACGAAGCCCAUCAUUGCAGGCACGCUCAGUCGAGCGUACAAGGGCAACUUGCUCGAGGCGCUGAAUCUGGCCUCCUCUCAAUUUUCUCGAGACUACAUUGAUCGCGACCUUGUCCGCACCGGCAUCUCUGUCAUCGUCAUCACAGCUGGCUCGGGCUAUUUCGAAGUCAACUACGACAUGCUCAAGCUCACGACCGAUGCCUUGAUGGGCACAGGCAUUGGCAUCGAUCUCGUGUGCUUGGCACCGAUGCCUUUGCACUCUGUGCCCCUCUUUGCGUACAGGAAUCCACGUAUCCUUGAAAGCACAGUACCGACUCAGAGCCCUUCACCCGCGACGUCCCUUGGUGACAACACGCCACGACAAAGUGAGCAAUUUUUGCGCAGGGUGAUGUCCAAUAAUUACAAAAGUCCCAAGGAACCCAAAGCGGGAGACUGGAGCUAUGCGAUACCACACUGGGUAGACGUGUCGUACUGGCGAGGUGAGGCCCGUGAAGAUGCUAUGCAGCUUAAACGGCGGAACAGCGUGCCAGAAGUAAAGCUGCGUAAGCCUGAGGAUGCAACGUAUCAACCUCGCAUACGCCUUUACGACUUGCAAAUGGGCGGUCUCAUGGAAAACGAGAUGACCUCGAUCGCCAUAGCCAAGUUGCAUGAACAUGUCUUGCAUCCUUGGCAUCGACUACGGCACCAAAUUUCGGGCAAGCCAGUCACCAAGGAGACAUUUGACCGGAUCGGCGAGUAUGAGCGCGAAUGGAUGGAUGACUAUGAUGAGUACAUUUUUCGGCCGCUUCACGAGAAGAGAAAAAUCGAGGAACAUGCACGUAAACGUGCACAGAAGAGUGCUUCCGACUCAGGAAAGUUGAGUGUCGAAGCACACCGUCAGGACGUUGAAUAUCCUGAGGAACUUCUCGCUCCACAUCCCGGAAGCUACCGGCCAGGCACAGGGUUUCUUGAGUGGAAAAUCAAAGACAAGGAGGCCGAAACGCCGUCCAUGCUGCCUCAUCGCAAGCAAAGCUUGACUAGUCUUGCGUCGAAUACGACAACAUCAACCUCGGCUCGAACGCCGUCACGGCAACUUUUGCGUCAGAUAAGCUUCGGUGGUUCUUCGUCACUCAAACCCGCCGAACCUACCGUCAGUACUGAUAUGUCUGUGGCCGGUGUGGUUAAACCUGCCACCUUCACAAAGCAGCGCGAAACAAAUUCAGCCGCGAAAAAAGCGGAUGCGUCUACGUAUACGCAACAAUUCCGGGAUGCACUAUCUCGGUUGAAUUCUCCAUCGCCAACGCCGUCGACGCCAGCGAGACUCAAUCCUGUCGCAGAGAAAUCCACGGAAACGUCUCGCCCUAUCGAAAUAGGCUCGGCUGCAAAAACUGCACGCUUGCGAAUCCAGCAUGGACGUCAGUCUUCUGAUGAGGUGCUUCCGAGCUCUUUGGAAACUCUAAGAGGUUCACAUCGAGGCGGGUUGAAGCGAGACCUCAACAAAGAACUUAUUGCAGAGGACAAGCUGGGUGGACUAGCUCAUUUACGUCGUCACAUACCGUACCUGUCAUCGAGUGCCGAAGCCCAACAGAUGCCCACAACUGUGUCUUUGUCGCGGGCCCUGUCACCUUGGCUUGACCUUCUUAAUCCAUGUAAUCCGAAGAAGGAAGAUAUCCAAGGACGUACUCGGUACAGUCGAUGGCAGCACGUAUUUCCGAAGGCAUUGCGGACGGACAAAGUUAAAUGGAGGUCACUCUGCUACCCAGCUUCCGUACCAUUAACAAACGACUACUUUCCAACUGCUGAUCAGCUGGCGUCCGAGUACCACGAAAACUUCUAUCAUUUGAUCCAGAAUACAGAUAACGACUCGGCUGAGUCCCGCGAACAUCUUGUUCGCGAACUAAUCGGGUUUCGCCUAGCUCACGGCUUUCAACUCGUCGUAGGAGAAUCCGUGUCUGAGUUUCUGGGAAAUAAGAAAGGAGACCUGGCUCGGGUGUUCGACAAGAGCUACAUGGCGCAAGAUGGCGCUACCGUGUUCAUGUCACUAGGCAAUACUAUUCACCAGCUGCUUUGCGGAGCUGACGGCAAGGUCGAGAUUCGCCGGUUUCAGCGCAAGCCAACACAGGAUUAUGAGCCAUUUGAAGGUUCGAAUGCUGUCAAUUACCGACCGUUGAUAAAGACGUUUCUUGACACAGAAUACCGACCCCGUAAUUUUACAUUCAGGAACAACACCCGCGAGUACAACUGGAAUCUGAUAGACAACUUCAUCGCCGGCUACUCCGAAGAAUUUUCUGACGCUCUGCGCUUCUGGAGGGCGCGUUUUGUACUCAUACCAGUCGACAUCCCUGUUCGAUCAAACGCUCUUACAACCGUGAGGGAAGAUACAGAUGAAGAAAUUCGGCUUGAAGGCAUCAAGCGGCUCACCCAAUUAUGGCAGAGACAUCGUGUUCUGCCUGAGGAAGAGCGUCUGGCGCAGUCUCUCAACAAACGAAAGGAUCCAAACCCUCUUCAGAUCGAAUACCAGACGCGGAAUCCAUCAGAAGUCAUCGCCUCAGGCAUGGUAAGCUCCUUGUUUACCGACACCGAACCUGCACCAGCAGCGCCGAUCGAAACCCACACCACCAAGAGUUACGACCUGAAGGCGUUGUCCGAAGAACUUCAAGGCGAACAUGGUGUUAACAUGAUGGACCGUCGUUGGCACUGGCGAGUGCAUAACAAUUGCUUCAUUGGCACUGAGUUCACUAAUUGGAUUCUUCUCCGCUUCAAAGACAUUGAUACCCGUGAGGCGGCCGUAGAAUUCGGGAACAAGCUGAUGCAGGAAGGACUGUUUAAGCAUGUCAAGAACGAGAAAGAUUUCCGUGACGGGCAAUAUUUCUACACGAUGGGCGAGGAGUAUCAGAUAAGACCAGAGUCAAGGAAGGCCUGGUUUGGCGCUUCACGUACCGGUCCACGAUCGAUUCCCGCAACGCCAGUGAACGAAAAACGUUCCUUGUCGCAAUACGAAGGGUCGUCUGACACGCGAGAGAAUGGUGAUGACGAACAACCCCCGGAGCGACGAAAAGCAUAUAUCAGCGGCGUGAUGAAAUACGAUGUUGACCCCAGGCACAAGUCUUAUCGACCGGAGAUCAUCAAUCUGCAUUACGAUCGGCUUCACAAUCCUGCGAAUUGCUAUCAUAUUCGAAUCGAUUGGAUGAACGUAACAUCGAAGCUCAUUGAAGACGCUGUCGUCAAUUGGGCCACCACCGCAGAAAGAUAUGGGCUGAAGCUCGUUGAGGUUCCUAUUGCUGAGGCCUGUGCUAUUACAGAUGACCAUCCAUUUCGAUCACCAUACAUCAUCAAACUUGCCGUAGCGCCUCCUUCCGUCCUGGUUACAAAACAUUUUGACUCCAACUCAUUCACGCCAAUCAAGAAAACUGAGAAAUACGCCUAUCACAAGGCGCUUCUAGCCAAGCUACACUUUGUACUCGAUGUAGAGGCAGCGUCAGAGUUUCCCUCCGACGUUGACGUGUUUUACUCAUGGGGCAAACCUGACUACAAGUAUACUCAGUACAUUCACAAGUCAGGUACACUAUUGGUGCAAAUCACGGACGACGGGAAUUUUCUCCUUGUGGCGAACCGUCUGUACAGCGAUCGAGGGAGUUCUCGGCGUGAGACCGCCCGAUUAAAUGUCGAAAGGGAGCUGGACAGACGAGCACAAGGCGGCAGCCGAAGAAGUCCUAUGGCAAGCCCGGCGAUGAAACCAAUCACAGAAGGGGUAAAGGCGGGCUAUACGACGACGCUAGAGAAGAGCAAGUCACUAACUGCCGAAGAGGUGAAGGAUGAGAUGGAAGCAGUUUGUUCUGAUGCCGAUUGGCUGCGGAAAUUUUACAAAGAAGUCGACAACACCGCUAACGUGGCGGCGAGUCCACAGGUUCUAACUGGGCUGACCGAGCUGAGUCUACCAUCAAAAUCAAGACUGGCCCUUUCUUGACAAGAGGCCGAAGAAAUGGCUGCGGAGUGUGUUCUUGUAUUAGUACUGACUUGAUGGAAAGCAUUCUGGACGGGACAGUCUAUAAUGCCUAAUUGAUCUUAUCCACAAUCGGCUAGCGUCAUUCUGUCACUCAAUGUAUGUUUUUGAAUAACAAUCUUUU